AUGAAAAAACAACACCAAAUAUUAAAUAUAAUAUUGGUAUUAUUUGUUCUUAGCAACGAGUUAUUGACCACUGAAAGUAAUGACAAAAUAAUCGAUAACGUUGCAUACUUUCAAGGAUCCAGUUCAAAAAGUCAAGUAAGUGGAAAAAAAGGAAAAGUGAUCACAUACAAUAGUAAUGAUGGAUCGCAUGAUUUCACUGCCUUCUACAAUGGCACGUUUGUAACUCAAAAGGCUGGUGUUUAUCUCGGAGUAUUCGCUGUUCAAAUUAGUGGUCCACGUAGAAACGGUAAAGGAAACAUUGAUAUGUGGAUGCGACAAGAUGGUGAGGAUGUGCCUGACUCAAAUAGUAUACAAUCGGUCGAUCAUGGAAGUACAUCGGUUCUUGUCUAUUCAACACUUUUCCAGGCUUCUGCCAAUUAUAAAUUCGAAUUAGCUUACUCAGCCUUCACAGAUGAAGAAUGUACUCGUCUCGGCUUGAUUGCUACACAACCAGAAAACGAACCCUUAGUUCCCAGUAUUAUACUCACCAUUGUCCAGCUUAGCGAUGGUACUAAUACAAUUCCUUAUGCACAACUUUUCAGUUCGAAGACUCAGUUGGGUAACUCGGUUUCAGAGGUGAUUAUACUCGAUAGCGUUAGUGCAGCCAAUAGAAUAGAUAUAACAACGCCCGAAGACCAUGGAACCAUCAAGUAUAGUGAAGCAGGUGUUUAUUUUCUGGUAGCUAAUGCCGAGGUUGGAAGUGCUGAAGGUACUCAUGCAUCGGGUGAAGUUCAUUUAUGGAUGCGACGCAAUGGAAAAGACAUACCUAACAGUAACACAAUUCAAACUAUUCGCAAUGGUAGUGCAGUAAUUCUAAUCUGUCAGACAGUUAUUAAACUUGAAGCUAAGGAUAAAGUUCAACUAGUAUUCUCAACUACAAAUAAAGAACUGGGUGUGAUUGUGUCGAAGCCAAAGAACGAGCCAAGAGUGCCUGGUAUGAUAUUUGCAACAUUUCAGUUGCUUAACGAAGAAAAACCAAUUCCAUAUGCACAGUUAUCUAGUUCACAAUCGCAAUGGGGUUGUAUAACUCCAAAAACAGUUAAACUUGAUAACAAUGACGGUUUACAAUGUAUCAAAAAUAAUAAUGGUAUCAUUGAGUUCGAAGAGUCGGGAACUUACUUUGUGAUGGCUGCUGCUCAGUGUGGAAGUGAUAAAGAUGAUGGUAUUGGUGAUGUACAUUUGUGGAUGAAACUAAAUGGAAAGAACAUAGCAAAUUCGAACACCAUUCAGACAGUAAAUAAAGAUACUGCUGUUUUAGUUUGUCAAACUGCCAUGGUAAUCCAAGCUGGCGACAAACUCGAAAUGAUAUUCUCGACAGAUGUUACAUCAGGUACACUCGGCUUAGUUGCAUCCAAACCACAUAAGGAAUCAGCUGUGCCCAGUAUGAUUGUUAGUGUUUUCAAAUCAAGCUAUUUAAAACGCAGUUAUACAUGA